AUCUAGACAAGCAGACGAGCCUAUCCUUUUCAAUAUCACACAUUUUACUCUUGCUUUGGAUUUAAUUUGACUCGCCAUAUCUCCCUGCAUUAAUAAAAGAGUAUCCAGUCGCCGGUUUGCUCAUUCAGGAUCUGCGAGUCGUGACUGCUGUUCUUUCGGCCGGCGCCGAGGAAGGGCUUCCUCCCCCACCUAUCUUGCAGCAGUCGGAAAGUGUUGCGCUAUCCUUUUGAGAAUCAGUUUACUUCAUAAAACAAAGACGCAGAUAUGGGCUUCUUCGCCGGGUUUUUCAGCGGAUUUGCCUUAACUACAACCGCCUUAUAUUUAACCGUUCAAGUACAUCGGUCUAUUCGCCUGGAACAACGUGAUGCUAUACGUCAACAAACUCAAGCUCUAAAUCGGUUAUCAUCGCCUAUAGGCGCCUACGACCGCCGACUAGCCCCGAAGGAUAGCGCUCGACCAGAUAGUAAAACAACGGAGCCAGCACGGCCUACUAUGGAGGACUUGCUGAAGCAUCAUUGGAACCAGGAAGUGGAAAAGUUGGCAAAAAAGGCAAACGAAAGUCGGUGGGAAGACAUGCGAGAAACGGCGCUGGAAGGGUGGAAGACUGUGGUGAGACUUGUAAAGAGGGAGUAGAGUCAAUUUGGCUGAGUACAUGUUCAUUGGAGUUGCUCGACGUUGGCGAGCUAAUAUGUCCAGAUACCCUUUCUUUGUCUGUCAUUAACUAGCGUUUCUCAUGUAUUAAUAUUUUCCUUGUCGGUCCAACCUUACCAUUUCCAUGCAUUGAAUGACGACACUGUCGCAUUUUUAAACGUCAAUAAUAACCAUGACCCUUUUCUCACAAUGCCACAGGCCAUGC